UUUUGGGGGGAAAGGGGAAAAAAAAAAAUCUAAACAAAAUAAAAGAGGAAAAAAAAACCCCAAGAAAAGAAACCAAAACAAAGGCAGGCGAGCCCGAAUCCCCCCGAAGCGGAGGCGAGCGGAGGGGCUGCUGCUUGGCGGCUGCUGGACGCGGUGGGACGCGGCGGGACUCGGUUUUCUCUCUCCGGCACCCGGUCGGGUCGGACACAAAGUGCUGUCCAGCUGGAAUGAAUAUAUCUGAGUCUAACUACUGCCGAGAGGAGAUAUCGCAACCCCGGGGCGACUGUUCAUGGGUCACCGCCGCCGUGCCGGCCGCUGAGCCCGGGCUCGCCUUCCCGCGCCCCCCGGGAGCCGCCUCCCCCGCCAGCCGCACGCCCAGCCCCGAGCCCGGCUUCGCCUUCGGCCCCGGCCCCGGCGGCGCGGCCCCCGGCGCGGCCCCCAGCCGCACGCCCAGCCCCGAGCCGGGCUAUGGAUACAGCCCCCCGGCCGGUCGCCCCGAGGGCAAGGGCGGCGAGGACUCCCGCAUCCGCCGGCCCAUGAACGCCUUCAUGGUCUGGGCCAAGGACGAGCGCAAGCGGCUGGCGCAGCAGAACCCCGACCUGCACAACGCCGUGCUCAGCAAGAUGCUGGGCCAGUCGUGGAAAGCGCUGAGCGCCAGCGACAAGCGUCCCUUUGUGGAAGAGGCAGAGAGGCUGCGAAUCCAGCACCUCCAGGAUCACCCCAACUACAAGUACCGCCCAAGGAGAAAGAAGCAAGCCAAGAAAAUCAAGAGGAUGGAACCCAAUAUCCUCCUGCAUAACCUUUCCCAGCCUUGCAGUGACAACUUCAACAUGAGUCACCAUGGCGGCAGCCAGCCGGGCCACCCCCAGCCUCCCCCGCUUAACCACUUCAGAGAACUCCACUCCAUGGGGUCGGAUAUUGAAAACUAUGGCUUGCCAACUCCUGAGAUGUCUCCCUUGGAUGUCUUAGAACAGACCGAGCCGGCGUUUUUCCCCCCUCACAUGCAGGAUGACUGCAACAUGAUGCCCUUUCGUGGCUACCACCACCAUCACCAGAUGGAGUUUCCCCAGGAGAAGUGCAUGGGGCGGGACGUGGCGGUGCCCUACGCGCAGACCCCCUCGCACUUGGCCGAUGCCAUGAGGACUCCCCAUCCCUCCAGCAUAUACUACAACCAAAUGUGCUCAGGAACUCAGAACGGGCUUUCAGCCCACCUGGGUCAGCUGUCUCCUCCCCCCGAAGCCCACCACAUGGAGAGCGUGGAUCACUUGAACCAAACCGAGCUCUGGACAGACGUUGACCGCAACGAGUUUGACCAGUAUUUGAACAUGAGCAGGACUCGUCCCGACGCCUCGGGACUCCCUUACCACGUCUCCCUGUCCAAAGUGACUCCUAGAAGCAUCUCCUGUGAGGAGAGCAGCUUGAUAUCCGCCCUGUCCGACGCCAGCAGCGCCGUUUACUACAGCCCCUGCAUCACGGGUUAGCUCGGCCCCACCGCCCGACGCUCGCACCGGGAGAGCCCCGACUCUCCUCUAACACCAAAAAAAAAUAGAAGCCAUCCUCCUUUUAACCACGAGCUCCAUCGUAUUUAGAGUAUCUCAUUAAAUGCAUCGCUUUCUUUGUCUUUGUUUGUUGUUGUUAACUUUGGGCUGAACUCACCGAUAUACCGUAUAACCGUAUAACACAGCUAGCCGCCUUUCCCGAGCGCUACCCCGCCUACUCCCCGCUCCAGCCCUGCCAGCCUGGAGCUCUAAGCUCCCAGCAGCUCCAAAUGAGCAUUUUGGGGGUCGUGUUGUUUGUUUUUAAACCAAUCCUGCCUGAAACAACCACCAGCAGAACAGAGCCAAAGCAAUCAGCUUCCCCUAACCCAAGGGCAGGCAAAGGGGUGGGGGAACCUUUAGGAAGGCUUUGCCAUUAACGAGUCGGCGCCCAUGAGGGGUGGGCUUUAGGACAGUUUUUACUGUAUUCUCAGCAAUAUAUUUUAAUUGGGCAACAAAAGUAUAUUUUUACUAAGCAUUUUUUUAUAUAUAUAAAAUGGUAUUUAAUGUCUUUUCCUUUGUGGGGGUUUUUUAUUUAGACUUUUUAAAGAUACACCGAGGGACAUCCACGAGAUCGGAAGCAUUUAUGUAGCAAAGCUGGAUUAAACAACAAAAAAUGGGGGAGGGAGGGGAGGGAGGGGGGAAAAGGAAAAGGAGAUAUUUUGUGCAGACUAACGACAAUGUAAAUAUUGUGGAACAAUCGACUGGAAUUUUGUACAAAGCAGAAAAAUACGACUGCAAACACUUUUAUUGUCUCGAGCUGUACGGAGAGCAAACUGUUUUAUACUGGUUAAUUAUUAAAACAUCUUCAUAUAA